ACCCUCCUUACUCAUUCAUUCCUCAUUCUUAUUAUUCACUUCCCACAAAUCCGUAUCCCCCUCCCCCCCUCUUUCUCUCUCCAAAAAUGGUGCAGGAAAUUGGAUACUUUGAGUUGAACACCGGUGCUAAAAUUCCUUCUGUCGGGCUUGGUACGUGGCAGGCUGAGCCGGGUGUCGUCGGCCAAGCUGUUGAAGUAGCCAUCAAGAGUGGAUAUCGCCACAUUGACUGUGCUCGUGCUUAUGGGAAUGAGAAAGAGAUUGGUGUAGUUUUGAAGAAGCUUUUUGAUGAUGGAAUUGUGAAGAGGGAGGAGCUAUUUAUUACCUCUAAGCUCCGGAAUAAUGACCAUGCACCUGAAGAUGUACCUGUGGCAUUAAACAAAACACUGGAAGAACUGCAACUUGACUAUGUCGAUUUAUACCUUGUACAUUGGCCUGUUCGGAUGAAGAAGGACGCUGUUGGCUUUUCUCCUGAAAACCUUCUUCCUACAGAUAUACCGGGCACAUGGAAAGCCAUGGAAGCACUCUAUGAUUCUGGUAAGGCCCGGGCUAUUGGGGUUAGCAAUUUCUCGGUGAAAAAGCUUGGUGAUUUGCUGGAUGUGGCCCGUGUUGCCCCUGCUGUCAACCAAGUAGAAUGUCAUCCUUCAUGGCAGCAGGCCAAACUGAGGGAAUUCUGUAAAUCCAAGGGAGUUCACCUAUCCGGGUAUUCACCAUUGGGUUCUCCUGGCACAACAUGGAUCAAAAGUGAAGUUCUCAAGCACCCUGUUUUAGUUUCUACUGCUGAAAAACUUGGUAAGACACCUGCACAGGUUGCUCUUCGGUGGGGUCUGCAGAUGGGUCAUAGUGUGCUUCCAAAAAGCACAACAGAAUCGAGGAUCAAAGAGAAUUUUGAUGUAUUUAGUUGGUUCAUACCGGAUGACUUAUUUGCCAAGUUCUCUGAAAUCGAGCAGGCAAGACUUAUUAGAGGUACUUAUGCGGUCCAUGAGACACUGAGCCAGUACAAAACUCUUGAAGAACUGUGGGAUGGAGAGAUUUGAGUUUGCUCUAUGCUGGUAUAGUUAUGGAAGGAUUAGGAAAUAAUUCAUGUAUGAUGUAUCCUCAUGAACCUACUAUAUCUUUGUUUAAAACGGAUUUGUCAUUAUAUUUUAGUAUGUCGUGAACCUUUCUGAAUUUAUUCUCUAUUUCACGAUGUACAGUCAGAAAAGUUCGAACA